AUGUUUGGGUCAGCUUCUAGUGCACGUCGCUGCAGCGAGAGCUGCGUGAUCCGCCACUGCCUCGCCGGGAUCGACGGCGCGGAGGCGCAGGGCCACGCGACGCUCUUCCUCGCCAAGUUCUACGGCCGCGCGGGCCUAAUGGGCUUCAUCUCUGGGGUCGAGGAGAUCCAACGGCCCGCGCUCUUCCAGUCGCUGCUCUUCGAGGCAUGCGGCCGCACCAUCAAUCCCGUCUACGGCGCGUCGGGCCUGCUCUGGACGGGCCAGUGGCAUUUCUGCGAGGCCGCGGUGGACGCCGUGCUUCGCGGGGGGUCGAUAAAGCCGAUAUCUGACACUUCCUCUCCGGCCGUCACUCUCACGACCAAUCCCCCUGCUCCCCAGGUCCCCGCUCCCACUGUCCGGCCAAUCGUAGCCGCUUGUGCGCUCCCUACUCCCACUGUGAUGACGUCAUCGGGGCCUGUCAUGAUGGUCGGAAACUCCGCUGCACCUUCGUCGUUCCCGCCGCCCGUUUUUCCCGCCGGCGCGCCGUUCUUCCCCGGCGCAAUGGGCGUCUUGAGGCCACGUGGCGGACUGCCCGCGACGGCCUCCGCGCUCGCCGCCUUACCAGGCGCUGCAGGCGGCGUGAGUGGGCCGCUCGUAGGCGGUGUCGCGGGGAGCUACCUUCCGCAGCAACUGAUGCAACAGCAGCUGCAGCAGCAACAACAACAGCAGCUGCAGCAGCAACAACAACAGCAGCAGCAGCAGCAGAUGGCGCAUUUACACAACAUGUAUGCCGCACCUGGCAUCUACCAACCCAACGCCGCCGUCUCCGUGCCGGCCGCUGGCGCUUCCGUUCUGUCUGCCGGCCAGCCGAUGGUCGCGGCCGGUCAGAUGAUCUCCUAUUGGCCGGCUGUCCAUGGGUCUACCGCCCCCGCGUCCACCUUUCCCAGCGCGGCGCCAGCCGGAGUGAUGAUGGUUCCAACUCCACCACCGCCAGCGGUUCCUGGGUUUUCCGUGACUGGCUUUCAGCCAAUGACGUUCGGACACGUGGCGGUCCCGCAAAGCCAGCAAGUACAGAGUACUUCGGGACAGAUAGCAACUGGUGGUGUUCCAUCCGCUGCUGCUUACUUACCCCCAUCAUAUCAACAGCAGCAGCUGAGUGCUGCACCGCAGCAGCAGCAACAGCAGCAGCAACAGCAGCAGCAGCAGCAACAGCAGCAGCAACAGCAGCAGCAGCAACAGCAGCAACAACAGCAACAAUCAGAGAGCGAGAAGCAGCAGCGUCUCAGACCAUGCACGCCACCUGCUGUUCCAUCAGCAAUGGAGACCCACAAAACCCCAGCCGCACCGACAGCAGCAGCGGGCGGCGCGCGGGCGGCACCAGAGCGCACGGAGAGCCCUGCCAGCUGUCUGUCUCCCAUGGCCAGUGGCGUCAGUGGAAGCAGACUGAGUGGACUGAGCGGGUCCAAGAGCAGCAGAGGCCCCGAGGAGAGCAGUGCACUGCUACUGGCACCUGUGGCCAGACGACCAAAGCUCAUGCAUGCCCCAACCUCAGACUCGCCGCAAUUCGUCCCGCCGAACCUGCAGCUCCGGACAGACCUGGGAGGAAGCAGCGCCGCAGGAGUGAGAGCAGGAUCGGAAUCACUCGACUCGCAUGCAACAGUAGAAGCGCCAGAUUUCUACCCACCAGCCUCGUUUCCCGCACCAGGUGCUGCAGCUAACCCGUGGCGGUCUCUUUGCAGAUCUGGGAUUGAGGAGGGGAUGCAUCAGCAGCACAGCAGCACUUUCCUGUCUGCGCAUGAUGGUGUUCACGGCAAGCAGAGCUCUCCUGGUGAGCUGCUCCAGCUGCUGUCAUGA